CCAAGAUGGCCACCUUCACCGAGAGGAUGGGACCUUUCCUGGUGUUCUGGCUGGCUGUGUGUCUCAGCGGGACCUGGGCUGUGGACAGGGGCAACUUCAAGACCUGUGACCAGAGUGCCUUCUGCAAGCGUCAGCGAGCAUUGAAGCCUGGUGAGUCUCCCUAUCGUGCCCUGCUGGAGACUAUGGAGCUGACCAACACCAGACUCACCCUGCAGCUUAUCAAUGACAACAACAAGGUGCGUCUGCUGCUGGAGCUCUACCGUCUCCAGGGAAACAUGACAAGGGUGAAGAUUAACGAGCUGAAGCCGUUGAAGCCUCGCUAUGAGGUCCCAGACGUUCUCAUCAGGGAGCCACCUACUGAGCCCCUGUCUCUCCUGUCUCAGGAUGAGAAUGGGGUAGUGCUGUCCCUGGGGGCGGAGUCUCAGAGGGUCAUUCUCAGCGCCCGACCCUUCCGAUUGGACAUCAUGGAGGGGCGCGAUGUGGUGAUGUCGCUGAACUCUCGUGGCCUCCUGGCCUUUGAGCACCUGAGGAUGCGCAAGGACACUUUCUCCUAUAAAGUAACUAGCACAGUGGCUAGCGUGUGGGAUAAUAUCAAGAGGGUAUUCUCUAGCAGUCAGGCAGACCCAGAGGCUGAGAAGAAAGACGAAGCUGAUCCGACUAACCAGGCCGAGGCAGCAAAAGAAGAGGAAGAGAAAGUGGAAGAUGGGAUGUGGGAGGAAACGUUUAAAUCACACACAGACGGCAAACCCAAUGGUCCAUCUGCUGUCAGUUUAGACUUUUCAUUGCCGGGGGUGGAGCAUGUCUACGGUAUUCCAGAGCAUGCAGAUACCCUUAGACUCAAAACAACAGAUAAUGGAGAUCCGUAUCGACUCUAUAACCUGGAUGUGUUCCAGUAUGAGCUGUAUAACCCUAUGGCCCUUUAUGGUGCUGUCCCAGUUAUGUUAGCUCACAACGCCCAGCGGACCACAGGCAUCUUCUGGCUCAAUGCUGCUGAGACCUGGGUGGACAUCAGCUCCAACACAGCUGGAAAGACCGUGUUUGGGAAAAUGCUGGAUUAUGUGCAGGGCUCCAGUGAGACGCCACAGACAGAUGUGCGUUGGAUUUCUGAGAGCGGCAUCAUUGAUGUCUUCAUUAUGCUUGGACCAACACCCAAAGACGUCUUCUCCCAGUAUGCCUCCCUUACAGGCACCCAGGCCUUCCCUCCAUUGUCUGCCCUGGCUUACCACCAGUGUCGCUGGAACUACAAUGACCAGGAAGACGUGCAGGCGGUGGACGCAGGCUUUGACAAGCAUGACAUCCCCUAUGACUUCAUCUGGCUUGACAUUGAGCACACUGAUGGGAAGCGCUACUUCACCUGGGAUCCACACAAGUUUGCCACACCUAAAGAAAUGCUGCAGGGUCUCCAGGACAAGAAACGCAAGAUGGUGGCCAUUGUGGAUCCUCAUAUCAAAGUGGACAGCAACUACAAGAUCCACACUGAAAUACAAUCUCGGGGUUUCUAUAUAAAGAAUAAAGAUGGUGGAGACUAUGAGGGCUGGUGCUGGCCUGGAAGUGCCGGCUAUCCAGACUUCACCCGUGCAGACAUGAGGGCCUGGUGGGCCAGCAUGUUUGCCUACGAUCAGUAUGAGGGCUCCAUGGAGAACUUGUACACUUGGAACGACAUGAAUGAGCCCUCAGUCUUCAACGGGCCAGAGGUCACCAUGCACAAGGAUGCCAUGCACGGAGCCUGGGAGCAUCGUGACGUGCACAACAUGUACGGCUUCUAUGUGCAAAUGGCCACAGCGGAGGGUCUGAUCCAGAGGUCAGGAGGAGUUGAGCGACCAUUUGUCUUGACCAGAGCCUUCUUUGCUGGGUCACAGCGCUAUGGUGCUGUGUGGACUGGAGAUAAUGCUGCCGAGUGGGACCAUCUUAAGAUCUCCAUCCCCAUGUGUCUGAGCCUGGGUCUGGUUGGAAUCUCAUUCUGUGGUGCUGACGUAGGCGGUUUCUUCAAGUCCCCAAACUCAGAGCUGCUGGUUCGUUGGUACCAGACAGGGGCGUACCAGCCAUUCUUCAGAGCCCAUGCCCACCUUGACACACCGCGCCGUGAGCCCUGGCUGUUUGGUCCAGAGAACACAGCGCUGAUCCGGGAAGCGGUGCGCCAGCGCUACACCCUCCUGCCCUACUGGUACCAGCAAUUCUACAACACAAAAAAGACUGGAGACCCUGUCAUGAGACCACUGUGGGUUGAGUAUCCUCAGGAUCCUGCUACUUUCGCUCUGGACGACGAAUUCUUGAUCGGGAGAGACUUGUUGGUGCAUCCAGUGACUGAGGAGGGAGCCAGAGGAGUAACCGCCUACCUGCCUGGAAAAGACGAGGUGUGGUUUGACGUCCAUACCUUCCAGAAGCACAACGGGGCCCAGAACCUGUACAUCCCUGUCACCAUGAGCUCUAUCCCUGUUUUCCAGCGUGGUGGGUCCAUCAUUCCUAGGAAGCUUCGGGUUCGCAGGUCCUCCACCUGCAUGGAGCACGAUCCCUACACUUUAUAUGUGGCUCUUAACCCUCAGAGAACUGCACAGGGUGAGCUCUACGUCGACGAUGGCCACACCUUCAACUUUGAAAAGAAGGAGUUCAUUCACAGGAGGCUGUCCUUCGCCAACAAUGUCCUCUCUUCUGUUAACCUCGCUCCAGACUCCCAGUUUUCCACCAGCUCUUGGGUUGAGCGCAUCCUCAUACUGGGAGCCAGUAAGCCCAGCAAGGUUACCCUCAAGACUGCUGAUGGUCAUGAGAGCCAGCUGGAGUUUGACUUUGACGCCUCCAUGUCUGUUUUGACGCUGCGCAAGCCCGGCAUGAAUGCAGGGGCCGACUGGACCGUGACACUCCAGUAACCACAGAGACAGGGACAGGAGAUGCAGGAGGAGAAAAUGACUGAACUGGACUGAACAGGAGGGUAGAGGAGGAAACCGACACAAGGCGCCGAUACCCAAGACGAAUUAAAGCAAGACGACAGGAUACCCGCCAUUGAGACUCAAGGACAUAAACACAUCAGACACACACCGCUGUCCUCCCUGCAAGCACUCAUGUAGACCUGUUAGUUGAGCUGAGCCACAUAACGUCUCCGCCAUGUCCCUCUUGUGUUCAGUAACGGUGUAACAAAAAGGAUUACUGCUAGGUAGAUACUGUUUGUCAUGUUUUUUCAGAUAGAUAACUGAGCAAUUCAAAUCAUGUCAUUGUAAUGAAUCAUUUGGGGGUAACAAAAAGAGUUUAGUUUAGUUUUUAAUCGUCCACUCAGUUGUCCAUCCAGUCCGCCCGAGAAGAAAAGAUCACUGUGGUGGAUUGUUGUUUAAAAUGAAGGCUGACAUUCAAAGCACAAGCGCCACCUGCUGGUGAUUCCCUCUGUUUCUGA